AUGGCCGAUGCUGAUAAUCGUGUUAUAUUAAAUGUUGGCGGUAUUCGACAUGAAACUUAUAAAGCAACAUUAAAAAAAAUUCCUGCAACGAGAUUAUCACGUUUAACAGAAGCAUUAUCAAAUUAUGAUCCAGUAUUAAAUGAAUAUUAUUUUGAUCGUCACCCUGGUGUAUUUGCUCAAAUUUUAAAUUAUUAUAGAACAGGAAAAUUACAUUAUCCAACAGAUGUUUGUGGACCUUUAUUUGAAACAGAAUUAGAAUAUUGGGGUUUAGAUGCAAAUCAAGUUGAACCUUGCUGUUGGAUGACGUAUACAACCCAUAGAGAUACUCAAGAUGUGUUAUGCGUAUUAGAUCGAUUAGAUUUGGAUGCGGAACCAAUUAACGAAGAAGAAAUUCCAAGAAAAUUUGGUUGGGAUUUUGAUUCAACAAUUCGUCAUAAAAAUAUGUCACUGCAAGAAUAUAUGAAAACCUUACCAUGGUUUAAACGAAUCCAGCCAAGAAUAUGGCAGUUAUUUGAAGAACCCUAUUCUUCUAGUGCUGCUAAGGCUAUUCAAGUUGUUAGUAUAUUUUUUAUCCUAGUAUCGAUAAUAUCAUUUUGUUUAAAAACACAUCCGAUGAUGCGUGUGCCAACCAUAACAUUGCUUAAUAAUAAUUUUACAAGUAUAGUGCCAACUUAUACUUUGUAUAAAGAACGUACUGAAGCACACGAAGCUUUUACAUACAUCGAAAUAGCUUGUAACGUUUGGUUUACAUUUGAAAUCAUUACACGCUUUAUCGUAUCACCAAAAAAAUUUGCCUUUAUUAAAUCGCCUGUAAAUAUUAUUGAUUUCGUUGCCACAUUAUCGUUUUAUACGGAUAUUCUAUUGAAUAAAGUUGUACCACCAAGUUUAACAAACACGGAUUUAUUUGAAUUUUUCUCCAUUACACGCAUAUUUAGGCUAUUUAAAUUAACGAGACACUAUGGUGGACUAAAAAUUUUGAUACAUACAUUUAAAGCAUCAAUGCGUGAAUUAAUGUUAUUAAUAUUUUUUCUCGUUUUAUUCAUUGUUAUAUUUGCGUCACUCAUCUAUUAUGCUGAACGUUUACAAAAAAAUCCGGAUAAUGACUUUACAUCAAUACCAAUUGGUUUAUGGUGGAGUAUUGUGACAAUGACCACGGUGGGCUACGGUGAUAUGGUGCCGAAGACGUAUGCUGGCAUGCUUGUGGGUGGCCUCUGUGCUCUAACCGGUGUAUUAACCAUUGCACUACCAGUGCCUGUCAUUGUAGCCAAUUUUGCUAUGUAUUAUUCACAUACUCAAGCACGAAGUAAAUUACCGAAAAAACGACGUCGAGUGCUACCAGUAGAACAGGUGCGACCGACAAGAAUGCCACCGACCACUGGCGGUAGUAAUGUAGGCAGUAAAUUUGGUAGUGUGGCGGGAAUGGGCUCAUCUAAUCCUCCUGGCCCUACAGGCGGUGGACCACGGAAAAACGCCAUCAAACAACCGGGUGGUGGUGGGAAUUUGGCUAAUAAAUUUGGAAUGAAUCCAGGUGAAAACAAUAUCAUGAAUAAUAGAAUUGAGGAAAUAGAAAUGAAAGUUGAAAGUAUUAAUACAUCGCCAACAAAUAAUAGUACAAGUACAAUUGAUACUGCAAAUCGAGCAGCAUCACGAUUACAUUCAUCUCGUACAAUGCUGACUGAAGUUGUGGCAUGA